AUGGCGGCGCGCAGAGUCGCAGCGGCCCGGGAUACUAAACUUUUUAGUAGCUUUUAUGUUUAUUUGGUGGUAGUUUUUAUUAUAACGCACAGUUAUAGCACUCUUGCACUACAAUACAGCCGGACCGAACUAUUACAACUCAAUCGCGGUGCACAGUACCUGCCGAUCGGACACUAUACCAUCCCUCCGGAGAUCAUCAAACCACCGACCGGGACACCCGCAGCAGCGAGUCGGAGGAGGAAGCGCUGUGAGCGGGGGCAGAAGAGAGGCAAGCGGGCGGGCGUCGGGGCGAGGCUAAAAGCUAAGCCCUUCAGACUACCGCUUCCUACCAUCUUCCUUUCUAAUGCGCGAUCAAUCAGGAAUAAGAUCGACGAGAUCAGACUGCAACUGUCCACACUGAAAGACUUGAACAACUGUUGCUGCAUGAUCUUCUCCGAGACCUGGCUAGACAGCUCCACUCCCGAUGCUGCUAUCGAGUUGGCGGACCGCAGCGUCUACCGAGCCGACAGGACAGCGGACUCGGGUAAGAAAACCGGUGGCGGCCUUUCCAUCUACAUCGCAAACUCCUGGUGCACCAACAACACGGUUGUGGAUAAACUGUGUAGUCCAGACGCAGAACUUUUAUUGCUUAAGUGCCGACCGUUCUACCUUCCUCGUGAGUACAGUGCUGUUUACAUAUGUGCUGUUUACAUUGCACCAGACGCUAACGCUAAGUACACACCCAAAAUCAAGAGUGCUGAGACCACCGUCCGAACUUUAAGAACAUGGCCAGAGAGCGCUGUUCCUAUGCUACAGGACUGUUUCCACCACACAGACUGGGAUGUUUUCAGAGAGCAGGGCACAGUAACGCGGGAUAUACUGGACAAUUACACCACCUCUGUUCUAGACUACAUCUGCUUCUGUUUGGACAAUGUUACAACUUGGAAACAAAGCCGUGUGUAUCCUAACACUCCACCUUGGAUGACACACGGAGUACAGCAACUCCUCAGAGCUAGGAAUAGUGCUUUUAGGUCUGGUGACCAUGAGGCAUACAGCAGGGCUAGGACUGCGCUGAGGAGGGGCAUCAAGUCUGCCAAACAACAUCACAGGAGGCGCAUCGAAGCCAGAUUUGCAGACACGGCUAAUCCCAGGCAGGUGUGGGAGGGCAUCAGGGCCAUAACUGACUACAAAAAGAAAACACCAUCUAUCCCAGCCAACAGUCCCACCCUGGCGGAGGAUUUAAAUAGGGUCAGAGUGGGCAACAACUUCUCCUCCACUCUUUCCAUAAACACCGGCGCGCCCCAGGGGUAUGUUUUAAGCCCUCUGCUCUACACCCUGUUCACACAUGACUGCUCUGCCUCUUCUCCCUCCAACCUGAUCGUCAAAUUUGCUGACGAUACCACC